CAAAGGAUAAGUCGCUCCACAACAUUGGCGCUUGAACCCUCGAAUGCCUAUGGCGUCACAUGUUACAUAGUUACUUCUUAUAUCGUAAUGAAAUCAGAUCAUUUCCGAGUGAAAAUACGGUUUAUCAUAUUCUGCCUUCAGCACCAACAUUUCAGAAGAUAUGAGUGCACACACUCAGUCAACUCCUGUGUGCAGGCAGACAGUGCCAGCUGGUCAUAUUUUGGUAUCCAAUAGCUGGACAGGAACUCAGCUGGCUGGCUACCUCUCAAAGUAUACUUCGGUGUUGUACUCAGAUGGUCUUGGAAUUGUUGACUUUUAUCCAUCAAGAGAUGCAGCAGUAAUAUUUGUCAGUGAAGCAGACAUCAUUUCUGGAAUCAAUUACAGAAGACGGAUAGUUAGAUUUCGACAAGCCAACACGUCUAUUAGAGGAAGUGUUAUAGCUCAGAAUACAUCUCUUACUCGUGACCAGUUCUGCAUACUCCAAAAAUUUGUGAGUGUUGAACUUGGUUUAGCAAUUUUGCCCAUCCAGACUAUUGAGGAGGCUGCACAGCUGCUAGCUCAGAUGGUGACAUGCGAAGCGAAGUUUAAUUCAAAUCCAUUUCGAAUGAAACCAAAAACAGCAAGUACUCCAGAUGUUGACUUGCUGAAAACAAUGACAGUGAUUCCUGGCUUGGGAGAUAAACGUGCUCGACAAAUUCUUCAACAUUUUGGCUCUUUACAAGAGAUAUCUAAUACGUCACAAGAGAAUCUUGAAAAAGUAGUUGGGGCUGCUACAGCAUCCUCUGUUUACAAAUUCUUUCAUCAGUCAUUUCUUUUAUGAAAUAUUUGUAAUAACUAAUGAUUGAACAGUGUGAGAAGUUAUUUUCCUAAUGUACUGUACUGUAUGUAAUUUUUUAAAUUAAACUCAGAAGAAACUA